AUGGGUGGGUCAAUAAAGGACGUGAAAUCAAAGGCUGAGCUUGAUAACAUAACCAAAAGUGGAGAAGCAGUGAUCCUUCACUUCUGGGCAACAUGGUGUGAUGCUUCAAAACAAAUGGACCAAGUCUUUUCUCAUCUAUCUACUGAUUUCCCAAAAGCCCACUUUCUCAGGGUUGAAGCUGAGGAGCAACCAGAGAUAUCAGAGACUUUUUCAGUCUCUGCUAUUCCUUAUUUUGUUUUUUUGAAGGAUGGCAAGACAGUUGAUACAUUGGAAGGUGCAGAUCCUUCCAGUUUGGCAAACAAAGUCGCUAAAGUUGCUGGCUCAGCUAACCCAGGAGAACCUGCAGCCCCUGCCAGCCUUGGAAUGGCUGCUGGACCUACCAUUCUUGAAACAGUCAAAGAGUUUGCCAAAGAAAAUAGCUCCUCCCAACAAGCAAACCAAGCACAACCUGGACUCACUGAUGCAGUAAAAAAACAAUUGCAGCAACUGAUAGACUCUCAUCCUAUCAUGCUAUUUAUGAAAGGGAAUGUUGAAGCACCUAGGUGCGGGUUUAGCCGAAAAGUUGUCGAUAUUCUGAAGGAUGAAAAUGUGAAAUUUGGAACUUUCGAUAUCCUGUCAGACACUGAGGUUCGUGAGGGGUUGAAGUUAUUCUCGAACUGGCCAACAUUUCCUCAGCUCUACUGCAAGGGAGAGCUUCUUGGCGGAUGUGACAUAGCAAUUGCAAUGCAUGAGAGUGGUGAAUUAAAAGAAGUUUUCAGAGAUCAUGGAAUUGAUACUAUUGAUUCCAUUGAGGCAAAAGUGAGUGGAGGUGAAAAUAGAAAGGGUGGCAUUGCACAAUCAACUGGAUUGAGUAAGACCUUGACUUCCAAACUUGAAGGCCUGAUUAAUUCAAGCCCAGUUAUGUUGUUUAUGAAGGGAAAACCUACCGAACCGAAGUGUGGUUUCAGUGGGAAGGUGGUUGAAAUCCUUCGAGAGGAAAAGGUGAACUUUGAGAGCUUUGAUAUUCUUACUGAUGAAGAAGUCCGUCGCGCGCUUAAAGUUUAUUCCAACUGGUCCAGUUAUCCUCAACUGUACAUCAAAGGUGAACUUAUUGGUGGAUCAGACAUUGUGCUGGAGAUGCAGAAAAGUGGGGAACUUAAAAGGGUUUUGGUUGAGAAAGGGAUUGUUCAGAAGGAGACUCUAGAAGAUCGCUUAAAGAGCCUGAUUACUUCUUCACCAGUGAUGCUCUUCAUGAAGGGUACCCCAGAUUCCCCCAGAUGUGGUUUCAGUUCCAAAGUUGUAAAUGCUUUGAAGGACGAGGGUGUAAGUUUUGGAUCCUUUGACAUUUUAUCAGAUGAGGAAGUGAGGCAGGGACUAAAAGUCUUCUCGAACUGGCCAACCUUUCCUCAGCUUUAUUACAAAGGUGAGCUAAUCGGUGGUUGUGAUAUUAUCAUGGAGCUGCGAGACAAUGGAGAACUGAAAUCUACCCUAUCCGAGUAG